AUGUGCAGUAGUAUUCUCGCUAGAGUAUUUGGUUGUGUGCACUCUCCUCAGGACCAGGAGCCACAGCUCGAAGCGUGCUCUUACGCUAGAGAGGAGGUGCGGGAGAAGAGGCGUGGGAGAGGAGGCGAGAGAGAGGAGGUGCGGGAGAAAAGGCGUGGGAGAGGAGGCGAGAGAGAGGAGGUGCGGGAGAAGAGGCGUGGGAGAGGAGGCGAGAGAGAGGAGGUGCGGGAGAAAAGGCGUGGGAGAGGAGGUGAGAGAGAGGAGGUGCGGGAGAAGAGGCGCGAAAGAGGAGGCGAGAGAGAGGAGGUGCGGGAGAAGAGGCGUGGGAGAGGAGGUGAGAGAGAGGAGGUGCGGGAGAAGAGGCGCGAGAGAGGAGGCGAGAGAGAGGAGGUACGGGAGAAGAGGCGCGAAAGAGGAGGCGAGAGAGAGGAGGUGCGGGAGAAGAGGCGCGAAAGAGGAGGCGAGAGAGAGGAGGUGCGGGAGAAGAGGCGUGGGAGAGGAGGCGAGAGAGAGGAGGUGCGGGAGAAGAGGCGUGGGAGAGGAGGCGAGAGAGAGGAGGUGCGGGAGAAGAGGCGCGAAAGAGGAGGCGAGAGAGAGGAGGUGCGGGAGAAGAGGCGCGAAAGAGGAGGCGAGAGAGAGGAGGUGCGGGAGAAGAGGCGCGAAAGAGGAGGCGAGAGAGAGGAGGUGCGGGAGAAGAGGCGUGGGAGAGGAGGCGAGAGAGAGGAGGUGCGGGAGAAGAGGCGUGGGAGAGGAGGCGAGAGAGAGGAGGUGCGGGAGAAGAGGCGCGAAAGAGGAGGCGAGAGAGAGGAGGUGCGAGAGAAGAGGCGCGGGAGAGGAGGCGAGAGAGAGGAGGUGCGGGAGAAGAGGCGAGAGAGAGGAGGUGUGAGAGAAGAGGCGCGGGAGAGGAGGCGAGAGAGAGGAGGUGCGGGAGAAGAGGCGAGAGAGAGGAGAGAGGAGGUGCGGGAGAAGAGGCGUGGGAGAGGUGGCGAGAGAGAGGAGGUGCGGGAGAAGAGGCGUGGGAGAGGUGGCGAGAGAGAGGAGGUGCGGGAGAAGAGGCGCGAAAGAGGAGGCGAGAGAGAGGAGGUGCGGGAGAAGAGGCGUGGGAGAGGUGGCGAGAGAGAGGAGGUGCGGGAGAAGAGGCGCGAAAGAGGAGGCGAGAGAGAGGAGGUGCGGGAGAAGAGGCGCGGGAGAGGAGGCGAGAGAGAGGAGGUGCGGGAGAAGAGGCGCGAAAGAGGAGGCGAGAGAGAGGAGGUGCGGGAGAAGAGGCGUGGGAGAGGUGGCGAGAGAGAGGAGGUGCGGGAGAAGAGGCGUGGGAGAGGUGGCGAGAGAGAGGAGGUGCGGGAGAAGAGGCGCGAAAGAGGAGGCGAGAGAGAGGAGGUGCGGGAGAAGAGGCGUGGGAGAGGUGGCGAGAGAGAGGAGGUGCGGGAGAAGAGGCGCGAAAGAGGAGGCGAGAGAGAGGAGGUGCGGGAGAAGAGGCGCGGGAGAGGAGGCGAGAGAGAGGAGGUGCGGGAGAAGAGGCGCGGGAGAGGAGGCGAGAGAGAUCUGAUAAAAGCCCCUUCUGCAGGAGACCGAACAGAACAUGAGUAG